UCUGUUCCUAUUUCCCCCAAACCGCCAAAACAACCGUCAGAUUGACGGCCAUGAAGAUGUCUUGGUUCUCUGAGGUUUUUGUGCUUGGUGUUUUUGGCUUGGGAACAGCUGUGAUCACACUGAAUCGGUCUUCACCUUUGGGAGGUUGUUGCUGGAGAGGACGCCUCUGUCACUUGUUCCGCCUCAUGCUCCUCAUCGUGUACCGUGUCCUGGCGGAAGGACGGCGACAACACAUUUCAGUGGGGGAACGGAACUCUCCUAUUCCAACCAGUUGAGAUACCACAUCAUGGAAAUUAUACCUGCAUUCACAGCGAAGAUAUGACUCAAUCUGAGAACACAACCAUUGAACUUCUUGUGAAGUAUCCCACGACCAAUGUUUCCAUAGCGUUGAAAAACAAGAAGUUCGGCAACACUUCUUACACAGAGACAGAAGGCGCCAAUAUUACACUCACAUGCUCUGUGAAUGGAUUUCCUCCACCUAUCGUCGAAUGGUACAAAGAUGGAGUCAACACUAAAACCGAAAAUCUUGAAGACAAAUAUGGCCGACAUGAACAUCCGGUUGGUGGUUUCAGUAGUUUGUACAGGGUGACCGACGCCGGAUGUGAAGAUGGAGGGACGUACGUUUGUCAAGCCAACAACAACAUGGCUUUAAAUCAGAGCACACUACAUAAUACCGUAAAGGUUGAAGUAAAAUGUGAUCCAGUUCUGUAUGACGCAUCUGAGCAGUCCAGAGUAUAUCCGCUGGUCGAGGGAGAAACCAUUGUGAUCAAUUUCACAGUGCAAGCUAAACCAAAACCUUUACUAGCCACAUGGACAUAUUUCGGAAAGUCGGAUAUGAAUCUUUUGAAUAAUAUUUCUGGUUAUGAAUACAGAAGGUAUUCCUCAUCGAACAAUAUCUAUUAUUUUGAAUUUCUCCACUUUGACGUCACCGACAACCGAACAGGACUGUACAGUGCUGUGCUGUCCAAUGGUAUUCGCUACAGUCUGAAUCUGACGUACACUCUGAGUUCUGAAUCUCAACCUGGGACAACGUCCAGCACCAACACGGACCUCAACGGGACAACUCCGCGGAAUGAGACUGGUGUGGAGGAUUAUUGCCAUGACAACAAAUGCACCUACAUCAUCAGCGGAAGCUUGUUUCUGGUGGUGUUGAUCCUUGUUCUGAUUCUUGCCACUGCACUUCAGGGUCCGCUGAAUGUGUUGGUGAGAUGUGUAGCGGCUCUGUGCUAUUGCCGGUGUGGUGGCGAGGGACUCCGGAGGCUGUGGUUGUCUGUACCGUCCAAUGAAGACAUCAACGAGGACGACUUGGACUACAACUUCGUGAUGCGGAAAGGUUGGGUCGGCCAAGGAGCAAACAACGCCUACAUCCUCAACACAACCAUGACCUUUGGAUCAGAGAAUGUCCAAACAACGGGGUGCUGAGACUGAGCAGUUUCUAAUUAAAUAAGAGGCACACUCCAGUGUCCGAUGCCAACUGUAUCAUAGGCAUGUGCCCAUGAAUCACUAAACCACCACUGGCGCUUGAUAUAAACACCAGUACCUGUACUGGUUAGCAUGUCUUCCCUUCCCAUGAAACAUUUCACUCUACACUUGUACACUCUGUACUUGUAUCGGCGAGUUAGUUUCAUUAUGGACGCUUGACCCUCUAUUUUCAGGUGAUGUAAUUAGUGGUAGACCUGGUUAGUGGAUGAUUGGCAUUUUAUGCCACUAGCACCAGUAAACCUAUCAUCAUCACGGCCAGGUCCAAAGAGAAAAUAGAUGUAUCGUAUCUACGUUUGGGGGAUGGUGACUCAUCAGUCAGAAAGCUCAUUUUCCCACAUCGUGAGGAUAUUCAGUUCUUAACACCAGUUUGGAAGCCAGAGUGCUGUUAUUCCCAUGUCGUGGGAUGACAUUCUGUUAUUGUCGUCAGUCUACAUCUAAAUGAUUGAAAAAAAGAUUGUAACGCCAUCCUUUAUGCAAAUUGGUGUCUGCUUCGCUGAAUGAAAUCAACACGAGCUUUGUUGGUGGGAACUGGCAUCGGAGACAUUCAUCUGUCGUGUCAAGUGCAUCUCUUCAUAGUCGUGAAACAAUUAUCUGUCACUUGUUAAAGUGUAAUACCAGUAAUUUAGAGAGAAAUGUAUCAUCUUAGACUCUGUAUAUAGUCGUUCAAGGUCACGUUGAUUGUUUGGGGGUAACCUCUGUUUACUGUUUUUACUGAAAUGUCUUUUGUGGUGGUUCUGUCUGUCCAUGCCCGUGUGAGUGAUGACUCCGAACUGGCAAGUCUUUUAUAUAUAUCCUCAAAACCGACCGCUCUACCCACUGGUCCAAGGAGGGGUUCUAUUCCAGCUGGGGACAACAUACUUUGUAAACACGUGCUGUCUUCCCAGACUGACCUGACAGUGACACGUCAUAAUAUAUUUAAAAUACUGACUCAAACUGCGUUGACUCACUCACUCACGCAAUCAGUCUGCGGUUGUACGUUCAUGCACUUACAUUAUGACAGGUCAACGAUCUUUACUUGGGGAAACAUGUCUCACACUAUUCCAGUUGUCUUUGGGACACACAGCAUAAAAGAAUCGUAUGAUAAGGUUACCGUUUGGGCACAUGAAUCUACAAAGUUCAAGAAAAACAUGAAUAUCUAGAAAACAGGAACGAUAGACAUGACUACACAUUACCUGUGCAGGUGAGAAUAAUGUUUAAGGAAGCGUUUUUCUAAUGUAUGGACUUACCCAGGUAACUGACGCCAGCUGACGUUCUCGGAUAGGGAGGGAAAGACGGAGUAAACAUGUUUGGACUGUUCAACUUUUGUUGUUGAUUUGCUUAAUGUUCGACCUUCUUAGGUCAUCGCAGCAUUACUUAGGCGGUUGAUAAUGUGGAUCAUGUGUUACAAGUGUUAGAACGAUUAUAUGCUAGUUGUCAGUCAUUCCAAGAUGUCAGAUAAUGUACAUUCAAAUGUUUCAUUGCUGUUUUCUUCAGUUUUACAAUUCUAAAUAUUACCUUUCUUGGGGACCAAUAUCUUCCUGUAACACAGCUUUUUCGCCUAGGUUACUUGCUGUAUAUUGGCCUCUCUCUAUUAGUAUAUGCACAUGUAUGUAUUGUAUGUAUUACCCCAUAUUUGCUAAGGAAUGACAUUCAUUUUUUAUUACUAAUAUUUACCUAUUGUCUUUAUCUUGCAAAUAAGCAUAACUGUCUUAUGGUGCUUAUGAUAUGCUUUACAUUAAAAUUUUGAAGUUUG